UCCCUUGUAAACGAACACGGAUUCGUUGAAGAAUUUUCAUUUGAUUCAUCAAUUAGAAAAAUCGACGAUUUCAAAUUUAACUUUAAACAGGAGGGAAAUGUUAAUGUUAACAACAACAAAAUAGGUUUAAAUGAUGCACAAGAAAGACGUAUGCUCAAGGACGGUGAAGUGAUAGUCCUAAAACCAGGAGACGCCGCGCAUUCGUUUAGCUUGUGGACACUCUCAGGAAAAUUUGACUAUCCCACCAAACAAUUUAAUAAGGUGCCUUUAAUAAUACAUUACUUUGACCCUACAAGUUCUGCUUUUCUGGACUGUUUAUGGAAUUCAGAUGAAGCACUUUUGCCAAUUGUUCAAAAUGAUACUAGAACACAUUUUCUUUUUAUUCCUUCUACUAACAAAGUACAUGCACAGUAUGGAGCAGAGUGGAUGUAUAACAGGAUAAAUACAUUAGUUAAAAGUAUUUCCAGGUCGGAGGCUGAGAGAAGGACCAAAAUGAACCAGUUUCACUUUUCAGUGCUUCCACUUUGGAAACUUGGGAAUUGGUUACCAACAUUACUGAGAGAAUGGGAGUGUGUUGAUCAUAACUGUGGAUAUGACCAAGUUCUUAUCCAGUCAGAUGCAUUAGAUUACCCUACUGUGCUAAAGAGGCUAGAUGCUCACUAUGAUUGGCUACCAAGUCCAGUAUCUGCAUUUGGAAACAAAACAUUGCCACUGAUUCUCACAAACUCAAAUGGAUGUCAGCCUACUAGUAGCGUGAAUGGUUCAGUUGCUCUUAUAACAACUGGGGGAUGUUCAUAUUUCAAAAAGAUGCAAGCGAUGCAUAAUUCAGGAGCUAUAGGAGUUUUAGUUAUGCAGAAUAAAACAGAACCACCACAAGACAUGAACUGUCAAGACAGUGAGUGUAGCAGCCCAGUACCAAUCCCUGCCAGCAUGAUUGAAAACUUCAAUUUUCCUCCCAAAUCUCAUCUCAAUAUUACAUUCCAGAACACACCCUCUCCAAACUUCUUUGCCGCCAUUGAUCCUCAAGGCUUACUACAGGAAGUUGGGUGGUUCCUCUAUCCUUCAAUGAGUUUCAUCAACUGGCAAACACAGUGGUUUCAAUACAAAGAAAAUUUGACCCGAAGAUUACAGAGACCAGCUCAGAUCAUCCAAGUUUUUAAGGAACAAGUCAUGCAGGGACAAGCUGGAGUGGUUGCCAACAUUUCUACAGCAGAGUUAACAAACUAUCAGGGAUUAGAACUGGACAUGUCUCUUUCUUGUCCUGGUGAUAAGGACACAACAUGUGGUCACUGGGAUCAUGGGAUCAGCCUCUUUGUUUGCUGUAAUCCUAAAUCCCCUCUUUGUGGAAUGGAGAUAGGAAGAUGGAUUAGUCCUUUCAGAAGGAGAAUUGGUCGCUGGCUAACUGACAUUUCUCCAUUGUUACCCGUGAUUCAGAACAACCAAUCAGCUAUCUGUAAAUUCACAAUGAAAACAGCACCCUGGGCAAUGCCAUGGAUACCUUCUCUGAACCUUAGACUUUAUAAAAGAAAUGACAGCAUUUCUCCUUCAGAAACUUUUGUGCUCUACCAGCCAGGUGCAACAUUUGACAUACAUUAUAAUUCUCAUUUCAAACCAUACAGCUUCACUCCUCCAAUAGAUGUCAAAAAGGUUGUGAUAUUUGCCGUGAUAACUGGUCAUGGAAGUGAUGAAAAUGGAUGUGGAGAAUUCUGUGUUACUUCUCAUCAUUUUUCUGUCAAUGGACAUAUCAAUAAUAUAACUUUCAGUGAAGCAGGAACUCCUCUUGGGUGUGCUAACCAAGUUUUAAAUGGUGUAGAACCCAAUGAACAUGGUACCUGGUUAUAUGGCAGAAAUGGUUGGUGUGAUGGAAGAAACGUGUUUCCAUGGGUUAUUGACAUUACUCAACAAGUUUCUCUUGGCAAAAACAAUCAAAUUACCUAUUUUGGGUGGUUCAAUGGAACAGUUCCAAAUCCCAAGCAAAAUCCAGGAAUGAUAUCAAUAUAUUCCUAUCUUGUUUAUUAUAGAUCAUGAUUGUAAAGUGAAAGUAAUUUAA